UUUUAAUCGUAUCUGUUUGUGGACUUUGCUUUUUGCUUGAUUUUUAUUUUUCCCGCCUGUUCCCUGUUUGUGUCUCACUGCUUCCCUCACAUCUCCCUCAGCAGCCUUUUCCAGCAUUACUUUCGACAAAAGUUUCAUUUCUUGGUCAUGGAUGAUUUCGUAAGAAACAAACUGGUUGAAUGGGGGCUAAGUGAGUGGGUGGAGAAAUUUAAAGAUAAAGAAAUUGAUGCAGAAAGUCUGUAUGAUCUUGAUGAUCAAGAAAUUGAUCAUGUGAUCACAAAAGCUGGACCAAGAGUGAAAUUCAAGAAGAACCUCAGGCUGUUAAAGUGUAAACAGGAGCAAGAAGCAGCUGAUUUGGCUCAGGUCUUUCCAUCCACAAGUGAUACAGGAAAGAGAAAAUCAGAUCUUCAAAGUGACGCCAGCAGGUUACGACCACCAGCUAAGCGACAACGUCUGUCUGUGGCGGGAUUUGCAGAAUCAGUCAUACUGUCUGAUGCAAAAAGCAUCAUGACAUUUGCACAUGCCAGACUACAUCACCAAGACAAACUCUGUGCUUUCUUGAAGAAAGAAAUCAGUGAUUUGGAGACAGACAAGAGGGAGCUGGUUGGUGUCUUUGGUAAAACUGGGGCUGGAAAGAGCUCUUUGAUAAAUGCCAUUAUUGAAGAGAAGAAUCUUUUACCCUCAGGAAGUAUCAAUGCCUGCACCUCAGUCAUGAUUAAAUUGGAAGCUAACACCUACAGCUCAAAGUAUGAGGCAGAAAUUGAGUUCAUCACAAAAGAGGAGUGGAACGAUGAGUUGUGGUCAUUUCAUCAGUUUUUUUGCAAAAAUGGAGAUCACAAAACGGAAGAUAAUGAGGAUUAUCAUGAUGCUGUGGAAAAGCUGUCAGCAGUGUACGGAGAAGAAUGGAAACAAAAGUCUUCUGAAAACCUCAUGAAGAGCAAAUAUUUCAAAGCAAUUCCAGAAUUUCUCCAAUCCAAGAGGAAGAUUUUGACAUGUGAAUCAGCUAAUGAACUCUGUGCAAAAGUUGUCAAGUACACACGAAGUGAUUCAAAACAAGAAGAAGGCAAUGAAGGAAAAAAGUGGUUUUGGCCACUAGUGAAGUGUGUGACUGUCAGGGUGCCAAACAAGCCUCUUCUCCAGCAUGUCACACUUGUGGACCUUCCUGGAAAUGGUGACUGUAACAAGAGCAGAGAUCAGAUGUGGAAAGGGAUACUUGGAAAUUGUUCUACUGUGUGGAUUGUGACUGAAAUUAAUCGAGCAGCAUCAGAGAAAGAGGCCUGGGAGAUCCUGGAAAGUGUCAGUAGUCUGAUUGGAAAUAGUGGCAAAUGUCAGCAAAUUCAUUUUAUCUGCACCAAGUCUGAUCUUCUUGAUGAUUCAGAUGAUCUUUCAUCAGCUGAAGUCCAUGAUCUAAUCACUGAAAGAAACGUGCAAGCCACGGAUGCAAUAAAGAAAGAAUUCAACAAGCGAAGCAAAAUUAGGAAACACUUCCCUGAUGACAGUUUCAAAGUGUUCACAGUGAGCUCCAAAGAGUUCCUAAAACAAAACUACUUAAGUCCAGAAGAAACUGAAAUACCCAAACUUCAGAGAUUUUUGCAAGAUCUCAAUGACUGUCACUCAGAGACAGUAAACUAUGUGAAUCGAGCUCAAGGGAUUCUGUCUUUGAUUCAAGGCGCCAACUCGAGAGGAGUGGAUAGUAAAAAAGGAGAGGUGUGUGAAGAACUUGAGAGAAACAUGAAAGUCCAACUUGAUAAUGUCAGAAAAGAAAUGAAAGACACCUGUAGGGCUUUUGAAAGAUGUCUUGAUGAUGGUGUUAAGAAAUCCUUCUUAUAUCAUGGAAAGAAUGGUGGUGCUCUUUACAAUUUACGGAAGUGUGUCGUUGAGAAUGGCGGCAUCUACAAACCAAAAAAAGGGAAACCAAUUAACCUUAAUAUGAAGUUGGCUUCAUGUCUGACUGACAGCAUUGGUGCAGAAUUCAGAAAGACCUUUCCAAAUGAAGUAAAAUGUGGAGCAUUCAACAGAGUCAUCAAUACAUUUACACUUAACACUGAUUCUCUGAUUGAAAAGUACAAAAAUGCUGAACUACAGCUCAGAUUCCUCAAGACAGAGGAAGAAAAGAUUAAGGCUAAAUUAAACAGAAUCAUCUGGGAACAGAAGAAAAAAGUCUACAGCAGUCUGGCAGAUACAAUUGAGAACAUUGUGGAAGAAGGCUACAAGAAGGCUUUAGCAUUUACAGGAGAAGACACACUGUACAACAUGAGGGAGACUAUUGAGAACCAUGUGCACUCAAAGAAGGACAUGUUUGAGCAGGCAAAAAAUACCAUGUUGGAGAAGUUGCAUGAUUUGAUGGUAGACGUCUUGGGGACUCUGGAGAAAACUAUGAAAGAAUCUAUUGGACUUUCAUUCAAGGCUGAAGAGUGCUUACUCCCAGAUGUUUCAACAGAGCUUAAGAUGGUGAAGAAACAUUAUGAUCUACUUGUAGGCACUCCAGAUGAUGAAAUAUAACUGGAAGAGCCUCUCAGUCCUGAUCUCUAAUACCUAAAGAAGAACUAUGAAUUUGAUCAACUGAUCCCUAAAUGCAAUUGACACUCACUUCUCGAUGAAAAGCCUGGGUUCGAGAGAGUUCAACCGUCCUGGAGGGACAUUCCCUGCCGGAUACACGAUGGCAAGAGAAGUGGCAUGUCAUGUGCCUGGCGGGACUUUUGACUGAGGACAUUGAAGACAUAUUCCUAUUUGGAAUCAUUAUAACAGGAUUCUUGCUGAUCGGAGAUGGCUUGGCCCUGGUUUAUUGGAAAUUGAAGAAAGCACUGACAGCUGUUAUAAACCCCAGAAGGCUACCCGCUAUGAUCAAAGCUAUGGGUAGAGCUGUGAGUAGUCAGAACAACUGUAAAAUUCUGAUUUCCUGCAAAGGCUGUGGACUAUUGACUUUUGCUUAACUAGGUGAAAGGACAGUCUCUCAAGCUGAACACAGGAUACACAUACACAUGCACG